AUAGGCCCAACAGACGGCAUAACCAGAAACAUCCCAUCUUAAAUUCAAGAAUUUGUAAAUAAAUGUGACAUUCGUGUUUUUAGUUACAAUUAAACCAAUUCCAUUAUCUCCAUAAAAUUGUAUUCUAUUUGUAUUGACAAGUUUAAAAUAGUUUAUCUUCCCCUAGAUAGUGAAAUGUAAUAUUUUAUCCGUUCCAAAAAGUUGAGACAUGGGUGCAAACAUAUCUCAACUGGAAAGAGACAUAGGGGCUGAUCAGUUUCCACCCAAUGAGCACUAUUUUGGAUUAGUAAAUUUUGGCAAUACCUGUUAUAGCAAUUCAGUUUUACAAGCUUUAUACUUCUGCAAACCGUUUAGAGAAAAGGUUUUAGAAUACAAAGCGAGAAACAAGCGGACCAAAGAGACACUGCUGUCGUGCUUAGCUGAUUUGUUCCAUAGUAUUGCUACACAGAAGAAAAAAGUUGGAUCCAUCGCUCCGAAGAAAUUUAUCGCUCGGUUACGGAAAGAAAAAGAGGAGUUUGACAACUACAUGCAACAAGAUGCUCACGAAUUUCUCAACUUUCUCAUCAAUCACAUCAACGAAAUCAUUCUUUCCGAGCGGCCGCAAAACAAAAACAAGAACGGAGAGGCAGAGGGCAGUCAAGAGCCUACGUGGGUUCACGAGAUCUUCCAGGGCAUCUUGACAAGUGAAACUCGCUGCCUGAACUGUGAAACUGUGAGCAGUAAGGACGAAGACUUCUUUGAUCUCCAGGUGGACAUUGACCAGAACACGUCCAUCACUCAUUGUCUCAGGUGCUUUAGCAACAUGGAGACGCUCAGCAAUGACAACAAGUUUAAAUGUGAUCACUGUACAAGCUAUCAGGAGGCAACGAAACGGAUGAGGGUAAAGAAGCUGCCGAUGAUACUUGCGCUGCACCUCAAGAGGUUCAAGUACAUGGAGCAGUUCAACAGGCACAUAAAAGUAUCUCACAGAGUCGUCUUUCCGUUAGAACUGAGGCUGUUUAAUACGUCGGACGACGCUGUCAACCCCGACCGCAUGUACAACCUGGUUGCCGUGGUGAUACACUGCGGCAGCGGACCCAACAGAGGGCAUUACAUCAGCAUCGUCAAGAGUCACGACUUCUGGCUGCUGUUUGACGACGACAUGGUCGAUAAAAUCGACCAGUCCGCCAUUGAAGACUUCUACGGACUGACGUCGGACAUACAGAAGUCCUCAGAGACAGGAUAUAUUCUGUUUUACCAGUCGAGAGACACAACGGAGCCAUGUAGAACUUCCACUUCCGAGCCUAAAGUCAACGGCAAAUAAUACGACGUCGGACCCAUUGAACUUCACCAUUCCGACACUCCAAACUACAAGUUUCAGUAUGAAACAAGUGAUAUUAAAAUGUUAAAUUAUUGAAUUGUUGAGAAUAAUUGUUGUACAUAUUUAUAUUGUAUUAUAUUUUAUGUUAUGUGUCAAUUCGGGCGAGGAUUUCAAAUCCGAAACCUAAAAGUCGUCGUAGUUGUUAGACUACUUCCGAGCCUAUACUGUUGCAGUACCUGUAGUUGUUUAUUGUUUGAAUGAGGAGUUUUAUUUUAAAUUUUAUUUCUUAUUUAUUUUAUAUUUACAAAUUAUUGUUUGAUACAAGCAAAGGAGGUAAUGUUAGUUGGUUAACAGUUUCUCUUGUCCGAUGACUGUUUCAAAGAAUUUAUUACUUAAUUUCAAUAAUAGGAUACAGUAGAACCUCUUUAAUCCGAACCCCCGUAAUCCAAACGUCCACUAAUCCGAACCCCUCAUUGCUGUACUCUAUACACAGUACAGCAGUUCUUUAUUGUAUACUGUAUUUAAUUUACAGUACGUUUUAUUCACCAUGUUUAACUACUGUAUUAAAUAAACACUGUAUUUUACUUUAUAAAACAUUUGUUCACUUUCCCCAAAAUAAUGUUGAUCAAUUUUAGCCAUGUUUUAGCUAUUGUUAUGUAAAAACAACAAUAUGUUCUGUAAUCCGAACUAUUCAAUAGUCCGAACUACCCCUGGUUCCAAUUAGUUCGGAUUAAAGAGGUUCUACUGUAUAAGUUUUUAGUUUUGUUCAUUUUUAAUCGUAAUUUGGUUGCUAAAAUGUUACUACUAAAAGUAAUAAAAUGUUUUUAAGCUUUAAUUUGUUACAGAUGUAGCAUCUUAAGAUUAUAAUCAAAAGUUUAAAUACAUUAACUUUGUUACUUUUCUCCUGAUAAUUUGUUGUCAAUAACUUUGAGAACGUAGUAUUAUCAUAUGUUUUAAUAACGUUAAUGAAACAGUUAUAAAUAUCUUUAUAUUGGGGUACUCAUGUCUCAGUGCCAAUUUUUAAGGUGAAUUUUUCUAGAUUCGGGAAGCCAAAUCGCACAUGUAAUUAGGAAGAUGAGACGUAGAUUAGCUGAUAAUCAAAUGCAUUUUUGUUCAUGAUUCAUGAUAGUUUAUGUUACACUACUUAUUUUAUUGAAGGUUUUUUUGGAACUUUCACUUGUUAGCAGGUUUUAUAUUUUGUUCUAGUACAAGUUUUCACCAUUAUUUUACAGUUUUUCAUGACUAUUCAAAUUUGUCAUAACUUUUUCCUAGUUUCAUUCAAUGCAUUUUCAUUUUGGUACUACAUUCCUUUUGAUACUACGUUUUGUGAGUUUAGUUCCCUCAAAGUGCCAGAUACUGUUAAAUGGUUUCUAGUGGAAAUGUUAAUUACUAAAUGAGGGUAUUUGUGUUCUCCAGGUUAGGAAUUUGAUACUCUAAGGAAUUUCUAUUUGUCAUUGGAUCAUAGUCUUCAGACACAAAGAUCGAGGAUAAAAUAAAUUACAUAGUGAAUACGGUCAAUAUGAAUAGAGUAGGUAUAAAAUAUUUUAAUUCAUAUUUGGGUUUGAAAAACUUCAUUUUGAAAGUAUAAGUGAAAGUUAGAACCUAAAAAGGUUCUGUUUAGGACAGCAUUUUAAACUUAAAUGCGGUUAUUUUUUUGUAUAGACCAGAUAAAUAUUUACCAAGUUUUAUUCAAACUGGUAAACUUGGUUCAUUAAAAAAAUUGUUUAAACACUAGUCUAUGUUGCACUUAUUUUUAAUUUGAAGGUUUAUAUGUUGAAUUCCUAUAAUGUUAUUGAUUUCAAAAAUUGUAACUGCUAAACUACAUAAGAUGUUUAUGUUAAACCAUUUUUAAGUGAAUGAUAAAAUCUGUUUGUCAUUGUACGAGAGCUGUUAAAUUAAUGCUUUUUUCCAAAAAAGUAAAUAAUGUAAAUUUGACCCCAAGAUCCUGGGAGUUGUAGAUAUAUGUAUAUUUCUCUGUUAUGUUGAAUAAAA